GGCGGCGGCGGCGGCGGCGGCUGCCGGGGUGGCGGGGCCGCCCAAGGCCCAGCGCCUGCAGCAGCGCAGCGUCUCCACCAUCGUGCCACCAACCAUACGGACGGAUGACGGCGACAUCCGCGUCCAGAAGCUGUCCACGGUAUCGCUGCCUGACUACCAGCAGCUGGACCAGGCGAAACUCAAGGCAGUGGACAGGAACCACCUGAGCCCAGGCACCGGCAGCGGCAUGGCCAGCAGUCUCAGCUCCAUCUCAGAGGCCACGGUGGAGCGUCUGGAGACGUACCUGCGCCGGUGCCGCAGCUUCGGCUCGGUGAACACGGAGGAGCUGGUGGAGCGGCUGGCGGCGCAGAGCCGCUCGCACUCGCCGUCGCACUCGCCGGCGUCGUCGUCGGACGAGGAGAGCGACGACUCGUGGGACAUGGGCGGCGUCGACAACCCGGUGAGGCCGGGCGAGGGCCCGCCGCUGUCGCCGACGCACCGGCUCAGCGGCAAGCGGCGCCGGCUGGGCGUGGCGCUGCCCCGGGGCUCGCUGCCGUCCGAGGAGCAGCCGUGGUUCCACAGCCAGCGCGAGCCGAGGGAGGCCUCCGACUCGCCGUCCGCCUUCUUCGCGGACAACGACCGCCGCCCCGAGGAGUCCGACACCGAGUCCGGCCUGCGGGAGGUCAGGAAGGAGCUGCAGUCCAUCGUCUACGACUUCAACGUGUACGGCAGCAAGGAGAACAAGUCCAGGACCGACAUGGAGAUACUGCCCACCAAGCCCAUCACUCAGGAGCGCAAGAAGAAGAUAUCGAUCAAGAGCAUCACCCCGCCCCCGUCGCCAGAGCUGACUGACCACGAAGAGGAGCCUAUCAAGAAUGGCGAGGUCAACACUCGCACUGAGGUCGUCUCAAAGAUACUGAACGGCUACGACAAGGUCAUCGCCUCAGCCACGGCGCUGCGGAGCCCGGAGGUGGAGGCAGAGGCGGUGCUGCGGCAGCUGGGCGUGCCGACCAGCCUGUCAGAGGGCUCUCCAGCAACAGCAGGCUCCAGUAGGCGCUCCUCCAUGACGCCGUCGCUCAGCGAGCUGGAGGCCGCCAUCUCGGACCUGCUGGAACAGACGCAGGCCGCCGACGGCGACGACGAUGACAACGGCUCUGCGGAUAACAGAAUAAAUAAUAUGCUGGAAGACAGUGACAAAAAUAAGCGGCCUGAUGGAAGGGUCGCCCAGACAACCGUUCCAGGAGCGGCGGGGCUUCCAGGUAAAACUGCCGACGCUGACAAUGAAAACCUCAAAACCGACUCGUCCGCGCCCGCCGACCAGGGAAGCCGUGCUGCAGACGCUGCAAGUAGCAACGAAGCGACCGGACCGACAAAGAAAGCAAGCCCCGACAACGUGGCCAACGGUAUCUCGAGGUUAUCUCAGCAUCAUAUAAAUGGUAACAGUAGUGGGAUACCCAUCGACGUGUCUGCCAGUAAAGAAAAUCCAAGUAUCUCGAUACUAACAGACACCAGUUAGAAAGUUCUACUUGAAGAAUCAUCAUUUUUCCAUUGUGGAUAAACUCCAGGUAUGCGAUGAAACUCUCAGUAUUUGCAGAUAUCUACUGUAUAUUAAAAAAGAAAUGACUUGCUCGCUGAGCAGCAAAGUUCUAACAUCAGAUUGACAACAGUGACGGAGGGGAAGUUCCUGCAGGUUCUGCUAGAGUAAGGGCCCUCAAAUUAGCAUGUCAUUAAAGAUAUGUAAAAAAGCAGAAAUGGCAGUUUCAGAUUUAAAUUAACCCAAGUUAUGUAGCUGUCUUGUACCUCAUGUUCGUUACGCAGUUAUAAAUUUUUAAAUUUCUCUGGGUGGUGCUUAGAAUUAAUUCGAUGGGAUGAAAGUAAACGAUGGAGCAUUUGAGAAAUCUGUGACUUGAGCCCAGUUAAUCUUAUGUGGUUAUUACAUAUUGAUAUACAAGGGCAUUUUAAAUGAUAUCAGCUCCACCAUCGAAAAAUGGCACGCGGUUUCAAAACUGUUCAACAGAAGGCACGCAAACAAAUCCCGAUUCUAAUUCCGUCAUUUUAUUAAUGUGUGUCACCCGAGGCAAUCGUUCGUGGGGAUAGUUCACCAAACUUAGUGAAAUUCAGAUGGCAGGAAGUUUAUUAUAAAUUUAAGAAGCAGUACUGCUCGUACUGUAACUGAAAAAUGUAAAUUUUGCUUUGUUAUUAUUUGAUUCUUAAAUAGGUUAUAUCACGUAAUAACGGAGACCUUGUAUUAUAAUGUACUGUUAGGGCAAAAUUACAAAACUGGUACAUUUUAUUUACCACAUACAUGUAAAUGAUCGAACUAAGUCAUAUGUACAAGUCUUUGUGUAGAAAAGGUAUGUAAAUUUCAAUGAACAAUAAAACUGUUGCUAAAAUUA